GGCCGAGUCGUGAAAAGGAGAAAUACCUCGCCUGCCCCCUCCCACACGCCUUACACUCUCGCUUCUGUUUCCUCACCGUUUACCGCUGCGUCCAGUGCCCACACUCUCUUGCAACUGCUCUUCGUCAUCGUGCCUUUUUGCUGCAUAUUACUCUCAUUCAGAUUUAUCAAUAUCGACGAGACAAUCCCGUCAUUCUCUUGACAUUGCAUUCAUUAAAGGCAGACGCCUUGCACACGCACACACACAACUCAGGCCGGUGGAAACUCGUCGGCUUUGGUCAUACAUAGACUUAUACCGAUUCACAAAGCACCCAUAUCUCAUCCAACCAACAUCAAUCAAAAUGCGUUUCACCAGCAUCUUCGCUCUCCUGGCCGCUUCGGUCGCCGUCGCUCAGUCCUCGGAUGAGCUUACCACGACCAUGACCGCCACCACCACCAAGACGGUUACCAUCACCAAGUGCAACCCGACCAACACGGCUUGCCCCUUGUACACGCCGACUUCGUCUGUUGCGCCUACCAUCAACUCGACGACCUCCACUCCCACUUCCACCUCCACCUCGUCGUCUUCCUCUUCGUCCUCGUCGUCCUCGUCGUCCCACUUCUACCCGGCUGCCAACUCCACCAGCUUUGCUGGCCCGACCGCCUCGGCUCCUUGGACCAAGUCUACCGUCCUUCCCAUCAAGACCUCUGCCGACUCUUCUGCUCCCACCUCUGCAGGCAGCGCUGUUCCUUCCGCACCUGCGAGCGCCGGCUCUAGCCUCUUCGUCCAGAGCGGUCUCAUGGCUGCCGUUGUCGGUCUUGCUGCUCUCGCACUGAACUAGACGGCUUACCUGGCCGUCAGCGCGCAACUCACAAUGCGCAACGCUUAGUCACUUAAUACAUUAAUUCGAUUCACGACUGAUAUCACUAUUAUUCUCCGGGGAUAGGCUGAUUGGAGACCUUU